AUGGCGCCCACGCCGGUACACUUCUUCUCCCAUGGCUCAACGAUGAUGCUGGGCGAGGAGUCCACGUCUGCUGACUACUGGAAACGUUGUGGCGAUGACGCCUUGGCGAACGGCAUCACAGGCGUAAUCAUGAUGGGAGCUCAUUGGGAUGCAACAGGCGACGUUAUUGAAGUCGCAAUGAAUCCGUCUCCCGGCAAAUCCCCCGUCGCCUACGUCCACCCCUCCAAGUACGUCGACUACAAGCUCGUGCCUGACUUAGAAGGCGGCGAGCGCUGCAUCUCCAUGCUCAAAUCCGCCGGCUUCAAUGUCCGCCCCAAUGCUAAGUUCGAAUGGAUCCACGACACCUACCUAAUACUCAUCCGGAUGUUUCCUUCCGGCUGCCCACCCACCACUAUCGUCUCCAUGAACGCCCGCUUCGACCCGCACUUCCACAUGCAUAUCGGUAGCACCCUUCGACCACUUCGCUACGAGAAUUACUUGAUCAUAGGUACAGGUGGUGCGGUACACAACCUCUAUCGCAACAUCUGGGGGCCGAUGCUCAGAUACCGGGAUAACUUUGCUCAGACGACACCGCCGGAGGGAUGGGCGUUGGAGUUCCGUCAAAGCUUUGAGGAUUGUAUCAGUCAGAAUCGAGGGCCGAGGUUGAGGAGGGCGAUUACGAGGUUGAUGAAGCAUCCGCAGUAUCGAGAUGCGCAUGGGACGGACGACCACUUCAUGAGUGCUUGCUUUGUGGCGGGUGCGGCGGGUGAUUGGGAGGACGAGGAGGAGGAGGCGGGAAGGUUGGGGGCGGAGACUUGGGAGUUGACCAACAUGUGCAACUCGCAAUUUACGCUUGGGUCGUGGCGAGAUUCUUCGCGCAGUGCUGUCGCCGCUGCGUAG